AUGGUUUACACAAUCGUCGUUCACCUCCGCGCCAAGCCGGACGAAGAGUCCAUCUCCAAGCUCAAGGCCAAGCUUGUCGAAGCCUCCAAUGUCUACUCGAACGACAAGGAAACCCUUUCUUGGUUCGUGAUGCAGUCCGUUUUCGACAAGCAGGACUUCACCAUCGUGGAGCGUUACGUCCAGGAAUCCUCCCAGGAGUACCACCUCAACAACCCUUACUGGAAGACUUUCGACCCUUAUGUGAUUCCUUUGUUGGAGAAGGAUAUGGAUAUGCACCGCUUGGAGGAGUUGGAGGGCUCUACCAUGUAA